CAUCAAGUAUUAUUCAAUAGAAUGUUACGAUUUUCUAUAUUCCUCAUUCAUUGUUUAUCUAUUGUAUUCGUUCAAUCAAGAUUCAAUUCAACAAUUGAAUAUUUUGAUGAAAAUCUUAGUGAUAAGAAUAAAUGGGCUAUUUUAGUUGCUGGAUCUAAUGGUUUUUACAAUUAUAGACAUCAAGCAGAUGUCUGUCAUGCUUACCAUGUAUUACGUUCGAAUGGUAUAAAACCUGAACAUAUUAUCACAAUGAUGUAUGAUGAUAUCGCUCAUAAUAAGAUGAAUCCAUUUCCUGGAAAAAUUUUCAAUGAUUAUAGCCAUAGUGAUUGGUAUAAAGGAGUUGUGAUCGAUUAUAAGGGUAAAAACGUCAACUCGGAAACUUUUCUGAAAGUUCUGAAAGGAGAUAAAAGCGCUGGUGGAAAAGUUUUGAAAAGUGGGAAAAAUGAUGAUGUAUUCAUAUACUUUACUGAUCAUGGUGCACCGGGUCUAAUUGCUUUUCCUGAUGAUGACUUAUAUGCCAAACGAUUUAUGGCAACGCUGAAAUACCUUUAUAGACACAAACGUUAUUCAAGACUAGUGAUUUAUAUUGAAGCGUGUGAAUCAGGUUCCAUGUUUCAAGGAUUAUUACCGUCGAAUUUAAAUAUUUACGCGACUACAGCUGCUAGUCCAACUGAAUCUAGUUAUGGUACAUUUUGUGAUGAUCCAGAAAUAGUUGCUUGCCUAGCUGAUUUAUACUCAUACGAUUGGAUUAUUGACUCAGAAACACACCAAUUGACACGACGAACACUCGACCAACAGUAUAGAGAGGUUAAACGUGAAACGAAUCUUAGUCAUGUUCAGAGAUAUGGUGAUAAGAAUAUGGGUAAAUUACACGUUAGUGAAUUUCAAGGAAGUCGAAACAUGGAUUCACUUGAGAACGAUGAACCUCCAAUGAAGCCGAAAGAUUUUGUCGCUUCACGUGAUAUUCCAUUGCAUACUCUACGUCGUCAGAUAAUGAUGACCAAUAAUGGAGAAGACAAAAACUUACUAAUGGAAAUUCUUGGUUUGAAAUUGAAGAGAAGAGAUCUCAUUGAAGAUACUAUGAAAUUAAUAGUGAAAGUAAUGAAUAAUGAAAAAAAACCUAUUGCCAAGGCAACUAUCGAUCAAACGUUGGAUUGUACAGAAUCCGUCUAUGAACAAUUCAAAAGUAAAUGUUUCACACUGCAACAGGUAAAUACUUUCAUCUGAGUGGACCAAUCUUCCAAACACAUUCCUCCUAAUUUAUCUCACAUACUCACUUCGAUAUGUUGAUAGAUCCUUUAUAUUUUAUUGAGAAGCGUACACUUUUCUAUAUAGGUUGACAUAGUCAUGAGUGAGUCACUUGUGGUCUACUAUUUUGGCUUUCACUCGAAGUUUACCAGAUGAGAGAUCUUAAAUGUUUAAACAAUGUUGACAGAGAAACCUAGAACGUCAGUCAUUCUGUUAGUAAUAAGUGUAUAAAGAGAAGUAGCAUGAAAAUUGACUCUGAUUCAAAAUGAUGUCAGCUUUACUCUAUCAUAAACACUCAAUGAUUUCAGGUCGGUUUGAUUGAAACAAUGAGUUACUGAAUAUAGAUUCUAAAGCGAAAACACAGCUGACAGAAAUAAUUUACAGAGAAGGAAGUAACUUGAGUUACAUGUACAACAAAAUGUUUGUUAUUAUCUAUUUCAUUUUACCUGAGAUUCUUCAAAUACAGUUCUCCUGAUCUGAGACCUGUUUGAUUCAGCGUACAUAGAUAACAUAUUUAUGUUAAGCACUGAAUGUAACAGACUUCAGAGCUUGCAAAACAUAUAGCUGAAGACUUCUGUGUCUGUAAAAUGCAAUAUUGGUCUUGGUUAGACGACAAAUAAUCGACUGAAUAAAUAGAUUGCAGAUUUCGCUCACAUAAUAAACCAUAUCAACAGCGAUUUUCAAUAAGACUUAUUUGAAUUAACAGUGAAGCCAAGAAAACAAUGAAACAAUUGUUGUUUUCGGAUCACAAAACAAAAUGAACAUUAGCCCCAUACAUUUCCAACAAUCUGAUAACACAUUGUUAAAGGGUUUAUAUAUAUGAAAAAUAGACACCAAGAGAACAAUAUGAAAUAUGGACGUAAAAUAGAGACAAAAAGAAAACUGAUAUGAAUGAAACAACUGUGGAUAAUAAAUGAAUACCUCCAAGAUAAGUUUAGCAAAGUACCAAUUGUUUCUGAACAUACAGGAAAAUACUGAACAUCCGUAGGGCCAAAGUUCAAAACAACCUACUUAUUCACCUUUGUACCACCAGGAAUUCUUUGUUAAGAUCAAUCUCAUGACCAACAUCAGCUAUACGUGAAGCAACGAAUGGAGAUUGAUAUUUGUUAUUUGCUCUUAUUGGAUUGUUUAGUUUUACUUGUUUUGGCAUUCAUUUUGACACAUGUUUUGGACAAGCCGCAUUGGUGUACUUCAUAACAACUGUGAAUUUCAUCAUCUAACUUUAGUGAUAAUAUACUCAUAAAACUAUAAAAUACUCAGUAUUACCUGUUAGGAUAUUCAGACUAAACACAACAUAUCUGAUUAAAAUUUAAAGGAUCUUUUCUAUUUGAAAUGACUUCAGGCUCCAGAAGUUGGAGGACACUUUUCCACUCUUUACAACUAUUGUGCAGAAGGUUAUACAGCUGAAAUGAUCAAUGAAGCAAUCAUAAAAGUUUGCAAUUAAAUCAAGAUUAAUUUGUCAGUGUGAUAAAUUUUAUCAAUGUAAAUUUUCAAAUAAAUGAAUCUUUUCUC